AAAAACAGAGCUAAAAUAAAUCAAAUCUCCCAGAACCGGAAGAUUCCUACGACGACGGAAGAGAUGCAUAAAUCAUCGGAGCCUCCUCCUCCGACGUCGUUUUCUUCGUUACCGGAAGACAUCGCUCUCAAUUGUUUGGCUCGUAUUCUGAGAUUCUAUACCUCGCUGGUUCACACUCUCACCAAUCCCAAACCAACAGUUCCCUAUCAACAUCUCGAAUCCUCAACUGUUGUCUCUACUGGUUCAGAGAUUUACAUAAUCGGAGGCUACUUUGAGGGAAAGAGAAGCACGAGAGUGUUGGUUCUCGAUUGUCCAUCUCAUCAACUUCGUAGACUCCCCAACAUGCGUCUCUCUCGAGAAUCUGCAGCCGCUGAUGUAAUCGACGGUAGGAUCUACGUGAUUGGAGGCCCUUGGUCCGACAAUAUCGAGGAUUGGGGAGAGGCUUAUGAUCCAAAGACCCAAACUUGGGAGCCAUUAUUGCCCACAACACUUGAUCUCACCACUCAAAAGAGUGUGGUUCCAGGUAGAUUGGUUAUGGGAGGGAAAGUUUAUAUUUAUGAUGACAUUGGUUAUAUGCCUGAGCUUCGCUUGGAGGAGAAUAAUGUUUGCUUGGUAGAGAUAGACAACAUGAUGUGCCAAGUAUCGGUUUGCAAAGGGGUAUUACCUUGGUAUGAUUUGAAGUGGAGUUGGGUAAGAGGACUUGAAGGACUGCUUAAUUCACAUUUUCCUUGUUAUCUUGUUUCGGUUGCAAAUUAUGACCGAGGAAGCAGAGUGACAGUUUGGUGGGAGUCGGUGGUGUUUGGCCUUCUAGGUCUCAAUUAUUGGACUAAGGAAUGUAAAAAGGAGAUUUGGUGUGCAGAGAUAUCGUUGGAGAGACGAGGUUCAGAAGAGCUUUGGGGAUUCGUCGAAUGGUCAAAGAAUGUGGUUACUUUCGAUGGAUGUGAUUCUCCCUCCGAUUUCUUUUUGCAUUCUGCUAUUGUAACUUAUUGAUCAACAUGAUGUUGUUUUGAGUUAAUUUUAGACUUUUGUGGGAAUUUUUUCUAUAACAGUCUUUCAGUUUUAUUUUUUUUGCUUUCA